AGUUGGGAGGGAGACAGAAUUAGAGGGAGAAGCAGAAGUUGUAGUUAUGGUUUAGUGAGGUUUAGUCAUGGUGGUAGAUUCUGUGUUAGUGUUACUUAGUUUCGCCUCGAAGUUGUUUACAGUUUACACGGGUCUACAAAAGUGUCAUCAAUAUUAAGUUUAACUCAAGUUUAGAGACUGCAGCAGUUAUGGCGAAAAGUAGUAUUAUAGAAACACGUCACUCAGCAAAUAAAAGUUGGGUUGAGCUCUGUGAUGAUGAAAACUCAUGUAGUUCAGUUGAGCAGAAUGCUGGAGACGAUGAUGUGAAAGUCAAUCUGAUAAAAGAAGACAGCUAUUCCGUAGAAAUAAAGGUAGAAAAAGAAAUAAAGUUAGAAAAAGAGUUUGAUGAUGAAAAUAUUCUGCUUGAAAAAGAGGUUGUCAAAAAAGAAAUAAAAAUCGAAAAAGAAGAAUCACCAUGGCGUCUUUCAUAUGCGACAGCAUUGAAAAAUUCUGCUAACAAAACCGAUAUGAAUGAUACUCUCCGUACUCCCUCGAAAAAUGGAAACAAGUCUCAUGCAGUGGAGGGGUCUGGAGAGGAUAAAACAAUGAAAAGCGUAAAAAGGGAGAUACAGAGAGACUUUUUACAAGAAGACCUCAGUCUGACUAGCCACCUUGACGUAUUCCACAUGCAAAGUCCACUCAAGCUGGAGUCUGUGGACGAGGAGAUGAUGAGCCCAGUAAAAGAGACAAGGGCAGCCAAAAAACGUUUCUGUCCUUCCAAGUUGUCAUUGGGCGAUGAUGCUGUGAUGCCUGAUGAUGUGCUGAUGCCUAGUCCCAAGAAAGUUACUCGGCUCUCGUCCCGCAGGAAGAGGGAGCCGGGUGAGAGUCCUCUGAUAUGUAAACGUUCAAAGCGCAAUUCCUCUGGCGCACACAACACUCCAAGAACUGUAGUCCCAGUAGAGUCAUCACCCACAGUGGAAUUUGAAACUGAUGAGCAGAUUUUGUUGCGGAGACAAAAACAAAUAGAUUAUGGCAAAAAUACCAUCGGAUAUGAGAGAUAUUGCCAAUUGAUACCAAAACAGAAACGUCACAGAAAACACCCUCAAACACCUCCCAAACAUAUCAAGUACAGUCGGAGAGCCUGGGACGGCCUGAUCAAGCAGUGGCGCCAACAGUUGCACUUCUGGGAUCCACCAUCAGAGGGCGGUGGCAAUAUUGAUGACCUGGACAUCAGUUCGAUGUCAGAAGCGUCAAGUGAUACAACAUCACAGGCCAGUUCGCUGCCGGCCACACCAAGGGACGAGCGCAAGGCGAGACGCUACUCGCGGUUCACUCGCUCCUCAGCUUCCGAGAGCUCUAGUGUGGCUGAUGAGCCAUGUUCGCCCCUAAAGGACGACUGAAAUUUAACCUUGUAUUUUUAUUUUAGGAGUAAUAUAUUUGUAAACUUGAAUUUAUUAACACAAAUUUGUAUUGUUCUUUCACAACAUGUCUAAGGAAUAUAAAUUUUACCGCUGACUUGGUUCCAUUAAACUUAAACUAUGGUUUUAUUCAGACCUAGAAGUAAUUUUAUUGACAUCAAAUGUUUAAUGUUCAUUUUACUGUGUUAUAAUAAUUAUUUAAUAAAUAAAUAAGGCAAUGUAAAGUGUUUUAUAUAUAUUAUGUUGUAGAUAGUGUUGUUAAACACUGACAAAAUAUAUAUUUUAUUACUAUAAUAAAAAGUGUACCUUAAAUUGUUUUUGUGUUCAGUAAAAACAAUUGCCUAUUCAAUUUAAUUUAGCUUCGAUUUUAUUUUUAUUAUAAUUUAUUAAAAAAUUAGAAAUUGUUAGAUAUUUAGAUAACAUUAAAAAUUACCUAUAAACUGUACUCUUGACUCUUUUAAGGAGUCAAAUUAUGUUA